AUGAAUUAUAAGUUAUUUGAAGUAUACACCUCAAAGAGAAAUAUUAAUAUCAGAGGAGUCACUACCGUAUAUAGUAAUUUUAAUUUAUUAUCGCUAAAUUACAUUAUUCCAAAUAUGAGUGCAGAAGAAUUGAAUCCAAAAAAGAAAUUAGGACUUUUAUAAAGAUUUUUUUAUUACAUAUUGUUUCCACUCAUUGCUAUCAUUAUGUUUGUUGAGACACUCCAAAUAUACAUGGCAGAAAAAAUAAAUUUUAAACGAGGCUAUAACUUUGGGCUAAAUAAAUAUAAUCCAAAGCAACAAAAUACGACAGCUGCCAUCAUUAUAAUCAAAACAUAAGGUUAUUACUGA